GAAAUGGUAAAGCUCAUUAUUUUUCUACUUGCUUAAAACCUCUAAACCAGGACCCAAUCACUAUGGUCAAAUUUAAACCGGUUCUGAUUUAAACCGGAUUAGGCUGCAAUCCAAACCUCAGCUCAUCUUCUGCACACAGCUCAAGUUUCCGUCUUUCUCUUUCGGUUCGGUGAAAUGGUUCGUCUGUUUCUUACACUUUCUCCGGCGAUUUCCCGAUUCAAUCUUUAUCCAGGAAUCUCUAUUCUAGCGAGAAAUAAUAAUUCUCUCAGAUUACAAAAACACCAUAAGCUUAAAACCAAAACCCCGACUUUCUCGUUAAUCUCUCCUUCAUCUUCACCCAAUUUUCAAAGGACACGUUUUUAUUCUACCGAAACAAGAAUUUCCUCCUUACCCUAUAGCGAAAACCCGAAUUUUGAUGAUAAUUUGGUUGUUCUGGGUAUUGAAACGAGCUGCGACGACACUGCCGCAGCUGUUGUGAGAGGUAAUGGUGAAAUUCUCAGUCAAGUCAUUUCUUCUCAGGCAGAAUUGCUUGUCCAAUAUGGAGGCGUCGCUCCUAAACAGGCUGAAGAAGCACACUCCCGAGUUAUCGAUAAGGUUGUGCAAGACGCGCUUGAUAAAGCCAAUUUGACCGAGAAGGAUCUCUCUGCUGUUGCUGUUACCAUUGGACCUGGUUUGAGCCUCUGUCUACGUGUUGGUGUGCGCAAGGCUAGAAGAGUUGCUGGUAACUUCAGUCUCCCAAUCGUUGGGGUGCAUCACAUGGAGGCUCAUGCUCUCGUUGCUAGAUUAGUGGAACAAGAAUUAAGCUUCCCUUUCAUGGCAUUGCUUAUAUCAGGAGGGCACAAUCUUCUAGUUCUUGCGCAUAAGCUUGGUCAGUACACACAACUUGGGACUACAGUAGAUGAUGCUAUAGGUGAGGCAUUUGACAAGACAGCUAAAUGGCUCGGCCUCGAUAUGCACAGGAGUGGUGGACCAGCUGUUGAAGAACUUGCUCUGGAGGGUGAUGCAAAGUCUGUUAAGUUUAAUGUUCCAAUGAAAUAUCAUAAAGAUUGCAACUUUUCUUAUGCUGGUUUGAAGACACAAGUGAGGCUAGCCAUUGAAGCCAAAGAAAUUGAUGCUAAAUGUCCCGUCUCUUCUGCAACAAACGAAGACAGAAGAAACCGUGCUGAUAUUGCCGCUUCUUUCCAGCGAGUAGCUGUCUUGCAUCUGGAAGAAAAAUGUGAGCGAGCAAUAGACUGGGCAUUAGAACUAGAGCCUUCUAUUAAACAUAUGGUAAUCUCUGGUGGUGUUGCUUCAAACAAGUAUGUACGACUCCGACUUAAUAACAUUGUCGAAAACAAAAACCUGAAACUUGUUUGCCCUCCUCCUAGCCUCUGCACAGACAAUGGAGUAAUGGUGGCUUGGACUGGUCUCGAGCAUUUUCGUGUAGGAAGAUAUGAUCCACCUCCACCUGCAACUGAACCUGAGGAUUAUGUGUAUGAUCUUCGACCGAGGUGGCCUCUUGGCGAGGAGUAUGCGAAAGGAAGAAGCGAAGCUCGUUCUAUGAGAACUGCACGGAUCCAUCCGUCACUUACUUCAAUCAUUAGAGCAGAUUCUCUUCAACAACAAACACAAACGUAGCAAGAAGAUUGUCUCCUGUAACUUAAAACCAGAUAUCCAAAUCCUUGUAUUCUUUUCACUGAGGAACAAACGCUUUUCCGGUUAAUUUAAUUUCGUUCAAUCAUUGGUCCCGGUUAACCUAAACCGUGUCUGGUUCAUUAUACUUUUUAGUUUAUUCCUAGUUCCAACAUUAAAUGGCGCCAACAUUGAGGAGAAAAAAAGAAGCUUGCAGAGAUCAAUUUUUCUCUAAAGAUUCAGUGGCCGUGAGGAAUUCUUUCAGCUUCAACAUAUGCUCUAAUCUUCUCAGGCAGGGAGUAAUGAUGCCUUUGCUCGUCCAUGGAAAGUCAUGGGACGUCUUUUAUCGAUAAAUCGGUUGUGGAGCGGAGUGUUCUGUAGCUUCGAGGCGGUCAGAGAUGGAUUUCCGGUCAAGAAGAUGUGGAGAAGACCAAUCGAUUGUCACAGAGUCUGUUCUGCUAAGGAGUUUUCAAAUGGAUUUGAAGAAAAAUGGCAGGCUUCAUUGUUUUAAGGUUGUUGGUCUCAAAUCCAUUUGUAUCUUUGCCCA